ACCCGCGGUGCACUGUGGGAUAGUUUGGUAGAACGACACAAACGACUGAAGGAAAUGGACGUGUUCCUUAUGAUCAGACGUCACAAGACGGCAAUUUUCACAGAUGCCAAAGAGUCCACCACUGUUUAUGAACUAAAACGGAUCGUCGAAGGCAUUCUGAAACGAGCUCCAGAGGAACAGAGAUUGUAUAAGGAUGAUGUGUUGCUGGAUGACAGUAAGACUCUUGGAGAUUGUGGAUUCACAAACCAGACCGCUAGGCCCCAGGCCCCAGGCACUGUCGGACUGGCUUUCUCUGUCAGUGAUGAGUCGUUUGAGCCUCUGAGGGUGGAGUCGUUCUCCAGCCCUCCCGAGCUGCCCGACGUCAUGAAGCCCCAAGACUCCAGCAGCGCUGCCAACGAGCAGGCUGUACAGUGAUGGCCGCACCACACCACGCCACGCCAGCCAACUCGUGGCAGAAUGAGAGGGAGGGAGGGAGAGAAAGAGAGAGAGAGAGGGAGGGAGGGAGGAAAAGCUUGUUUGUGUGAUUUGUAAGUCUUUAUUUAAUUUUGAUUAAGUUUCAUUUUCUUGUUUGUUUCUUUCUUUCUUUGUUUUUUUUACUGAGCGACAAAUGAUUUUCUCACUAACAAUUAGUUAUUGCGUGUGGUGAAUUUGACUUUUUUAUGAUUAUUAUUUAUAACUGUUACAUCCCAGUGGCAUCAUGCCAUGCCGGCAGUAUCUUUACAAACUCCCACUGCUCUGUCCUCCCCGCGUAUUCUCCUUAAAAAACUCCCACUGCUCUGUCCUCCCCGCCUAUUCUCCUUAACAAACUCCUGAUGACCGGUCCUCCUGGCAUAUUCUCCUUAACAAACUCCUGAUGACCGGUCCUCCUGGCCUAUUCUCCUUAACAAACUCCCGAUGACCAGUCCUCCUGGCCUAUUCUCCUUAACAAACUCCCACUGCUCUGUCCUCCCCGCUUAUUCUCCUUAACAAACUCCCGAUGACCGGUCCUCCCGGCUUAUUCACCUUUCACCGCCUGUUUCAGACAGUCACAAUUUCCCAAUGUCAAGUGUAUGAUCCUUGGAAGUGUGUCAGCCUAAUAAGUCACGCCAAGUGAUUGGAUACUCCGCAGAGUUCAUCAAAGAGUAUCCAAUCACUGGGCGUGAUUACGAUGUCUGAUACACGUGGAAGGACACAUCGCUAGACAUUGGGAAAUGGCCCUUGCUUAGGUGUUUCUUGUUUGCUUAUGCGUUGCCCUUUCAGGAACGCUCCCAUUGGCUGCACUGAUGUCAAUCUUCCAGAGGGGGGAGGAGUCAGGGCUGAAGACGAGCGCUGUACCUCGCAGUUGGAAUAGUUUGGGUAUGGAUCUCUUGGUGGAUCCAAAUUUUUGUUUCUUUUCCACCGUGUGUGUGUGCGUGCGUGCGCGCCUGUGUGGUUAGGUGUGCUGUUUGAGGGUAGUUAUUUUUUUGUGUGUUGGUUUCACGUCUAUGUGUGCACUUCACUUUAAUGAACGUAUUGACGUUAUUAUUAUUAAUGUGUUAUUUUUGACUUUGUGAUGUAACCAUGUCUCAUCUGGGAUGCAAGAGUAAAAUUAUACAAAAAAUAACUCAAUCAUUGUACAGAAAAUCGUGCUCUCAUAUGUGUUUUCAAGCCUGAAGAAAUCACAGCAUUUCAAUGUACAUAUUCCCCACAUGUCUUGCUCUCGUUUUGUUACUUUACAUUUGUUUCUGUGCCUAAGUCCUUUUUCUCUGGGUCUGGGUUUGAUUUGAGUGAGUCCGAGUUGUUUUAAGCCUCAGUUUGCCCUUUCAGCAUCUGGCUGUUUUAUAUGGAAAACCAAAGGGGAAGUUAACAUGUUAAAAGUUCUCUCUUUGUUGCUCUGAUUUGGGUGUGUGUUGGGGGGGGGGGUUUCAUAAUUUCAGAGGGACUGAUGUAUACUAGCUUUUGUAUCAGUUAUGCAGGCCUACUACUUGUACCAAACCACUGAAUGUUUUAGUUGUGACAGAACUCCUGACAGAGAGCCUUCCGAGAUCAGUGGGGUCUUUCAAUGAUGGAAGUCAGUGUUGGACCAAUUUCUUUUGAGUACUGAAAAAUGGUUCAACAUGGAACAAUUGCUUUUAAAUUAUGAAGAGAGAUGUAAUUAUGAAUGAAACAUGAAACUGUGUAAUUGUCAAGGUUGAAAUAAAAAAAAAAUACACUUUU